CUCUAGGUUAAUAAUGGAAAUAACUCUCGAUUUAAAUGAGAUAUGCCGAACCUGUAUGUGCGUUUCCGACCGCACGCUAUCCGUCUUCAUGAAAGACUUGAAGUUUAAUAUCGCUUUUAGUGUUAUGAUUACCGAAUUGAGCGAAAUGAAGUUCACAGCUAAUGACGGGCUAUCGGAAAAGUUAUGCUAUUCCUGUGCACAGCUGCUUCGAAAGGCAUAUGGAUUCCAACAGAUGUGCAACCAAUCGUACAACACGUUGACGUCGUACGUAAAACAUCGGGAACCAAGCGAAGAGGUUCCCAUUGAAGUCACUCCAGCAGAAGAAAGGCUGGAAGUCAACUUGAAUGAAGAAUCUGUAGAGAGCCAACCACAGCUAAACGACGAGACCGGCAAUCUUGUGGCACCAGAUUGGAGUCCAACUUACGACGACUACGAAAAUUAUCUAAAAAAUGAAGAGUAUUUGGAGGAUUCAUAUGCCUCAGAUGCGGAUAAAAGCGGUUUAGCGGACGUGGAUAACCACCAAACAGCUGAUGAAGAACAGACUCUUUCUUGCGCCAUUGAGAUUAAAUCAGAGACUUUAAAUGAGGAUGUAAAGCUCGUUGACGAGUGCUCAAGGGGUAACGACAACGAGGCUUCUGUUGGAAACAUAAACAAUGGCGAGUCUAACUUGGAGUGUAAAGUUUGCCUACGUGUGCUCAGCUCAAUAAGCCACCUGAAACGACACAUGAAGAUUCAUACGCAGUCGAAACCCUUCCAGUGCUCUGAGUGUUUAAGGUGCUUUUGCAGAAAAGACAAUUUAUUGGCUCACAUUAAGCUGCAUUCUUCGGAACGUCCAUGUGUCUGCCAGUUUUGUAGUGCGUCGUUCAGGAGAUUCGAAAACUUGAAGAAACAUAUGUAUAAGCAUCACAAAGAUCGGAUGGGCACGAACAAAUUGUUUCCUUGCACGAUCUGCGAUAAAAUACUGGCGUCGGCAAAGAAUCUUAACACGCAUUUGGAAGCACAUACGCAGAUCAAGAGCUUUACGUGUCACCACUGCGCGAAGGAAUUCACGAACCGAUCCGCAUACACAAUACAUAUGCGGAACCACUCGUUAGCAGAAAAGAAACCUUUUCUUUGUCCAAAAUGCGGUAAAUGUUUUCGCCGGAAAGACUAUCUUCAAGUGCACCUGCGGCGUCACACGGGCGAGAAACCGUUCAAGUGUCAGUACUGUGAUAAAGCAUUUCCUCGUGCGACUGAUUUAAAUAUUCAUGUAAAGUAUCAUAAAAACGAGAAGGUUCAUACUUGCGUGGUUUGUGGUAAGAGUUUCCACCGACAAUAUAAUUUGACGGUCCACUCGAGAUUACACACCGGUGAAAAACCGUACCAAUGUCCACACUGUCCGAAACAGUUCAACCAGAGCUACGAUCUAAUUGUACACAUUCGGCGUCACACAGGCGAACGGUUUAAGUGUGAUGUGUGCGAUAGUGCAUUUUUGCACGUAUCCCAACUGAAUCAACAUCUGCGAGACAUUCACAAUCGUCCUAUCCACCUACAAACGCGACGUGUGACAAAAAUUGUGCAUCUGACGAAGCAAGAUGGACCGCAAGAAACGUCAGCAACUUCCAUCGAAACUGUUGAUGACGGCAAGACAUAGUUUGAACAAUCCGUGUAAUCGAAUAACUAAUGAAAAUUUACAA